AUCAGUCACUGUGUUAGUGUGUUGACGUUGUUUCAAGAUUCGUAGCUCGAGCGGACCGUCGAACUGUGACGUUCGGCUAAAUCGACGUUCGUGUCAUGGAAUAAUUCGCCUCUUGCCAGUCGCCGCUAAUCGCUAUUGAAAUACAACUUUUCUGGGGCUUUCGUGUUGCUGCUUGGUGCUUACGAAAAAAAUCAGUACCUAUUAUAGAUCGACUAUGCUCAUAAUUUAUUCAGCCAAAGUUCGGCUGUCGAACUCACUUCUCUAAACACCGUUUCGUCGUAUUAUUCUCUUAGAACGUGAACCUUCAACGGCUUCAAAUUCUAAAAGUAUGCCGAAAAAUCGCGAUGAAAUACUUCUGAGCGAAGAAUACGGACCGGAAGAGUGCAAUGUCAUAUACAAAAGACAUGACCAACGGCAAUUGAUAUUGGAAUCAGAAAGACGAAAACAAUCCACUGGCUUCACUCGUAGCUCAGUUAAUAUACUAAAAGAAGUAUUUUUGCCCAGAGGAUUUCCAAAUAGUGUGAGCAAGGACUAUACAGAAUAUCAAAUUUGGGAUACGAUACAGGCGUUUUGUAGUACAAUAUCAAACAUAUUAGCUACGAAUGCUAUUCUGAAAGGUGUCGGUGUAGGUGAUGCUCAAGCUACAGCUCUUGCUGCAUCCAUUACUUAUAUACUUAAAGAUGGUGCUGGUAUGGUCGGGCGCAUUACUUUUGCGUGGUGUAAAGGUUCUGAAUUGGAUACACAAUGUAAAAAGUGGAGACUUCGGGCUGAUGCACUUAAUGAUUUGGCAAUUUUCUUUGAAUUACUUUUAAGCAUACCAUGGAUUAGACAGUUUUCAUUAAUAAUCCUAUCAUUUUCAAGCUGCGCUAAGUCCAUAGUAAGUGUUGCUGGAGGAGCCACACGUGCAGCAUUAACACAGCACCAGGCUAUUCGUGAUAACAUGGGAGAUGUUUCAGCAAAAGACGGUAGUCAAGAAACUUGUAUUAAUCUAAUUGCAUUUCUUAUUGGAUUAAUUAUGUUACCAAUUGUUGAAAACCGUAUUUUAUUGAUAUGGAUGAUAUACUUAGUUGUAACUUUUUUGCAUUUGUUUGCCAAUUACAAAGCAGUCAAAAGCUUAAAUAUCAAUGUUUUCAAUAGUGCACGUUAUGAUUUGACUCUUAAAUAUUAUUUGUCUAAUGAUACACAAAACCAUGAUGUACAAAAACCUGACUAUAUUAAUAAACGAGAAGCUUGUUUUUUAGAAGAUGAAAAGCUGUGUUCUUUUAAAAUACAAUUGGGAACAUCUGUCCAUGAAUUGUUGUAUACAAACACAUUAACUACAUGGGAUAUAAUAGAUCACAUUGAACUGUAUAAAGAUUAUCUUUAUAUAUUAAUUGUGGAUACACAUAAGGACAUCAUACGUGUAGUGUUAGAUAAAAAUAUUAAUACUGAAAAUAUUUUAAAAGCAUACUUUCAUGCUAACAUAUUAGGUCAUUUAAUUUGUCCCAAGAAUAAAUUUUCAUUGAUAAAACUCAAUUCUCUUCGUUCUAUGAAAUAUACAUCCACCAACACUCAAUUUUGUUGCACACAUUCGGAGUAUGUUCAACUAUCAUGCGAGUUUGUUAACAAAAACUUUGAUAAGUUUCUCCUGCAUGCUAAAAUGUCAGAUUGGAGCUGUACAAGUCAUCACCUAGUAGUUGAUGAAUGGAGGGCUUCUUGGUGACAGGAUUUAAUGGAUUAAUUAUAAACAUUUGGAUAAAAAAAUAUUAAGCAAUGUUAAUAUUGUAAAUGAAAAUAUAUUUUUCACAAAAACAAAAAAUUCAAAUUCAUAUCACAGUGUUAUUAAACUUAAUUACGUAGAUAUUUCUACCUUGGAUGAUCCCGUUUGUGAUAAAUGUUUAACAACAUCUAUCCAAUCAUAUCCUCGUGGUUUUUCUCCUUUGGAAUCUAAACGAUCCCAUUGUUUUCUCUUUUGAGCUUUGCUCAUAAUUUCUUUCUUUGUUGUCUUUUUUGUAGAUUCAUCAUCAUCUAUUGACUAAAAAGUAUAAAUUGUAAUGCUAAUUAUAAUGUAUUUUAUUAAUGAUAAAAAUAAUAUACUAAAAUACAUACAAGUUUAGUUAUA